CAGUCGCAGACGGGCCAAACACUCGGGACCAGCACCGGCGCAGCCGCCAAGUCCGCCCCCAAGAGGCCGGCCCGCAGGGGCGGCAAACCACCGCCGGACAGGCCCGUCAGGGCCCUCUUUUGUCUACCCCUCAAGAAUCCCGUGCGGAAGAUGUGCAUCGACGUCGUCGAAUGGAAACCUUUCGAGUGGCUUAUUCUCAUGACGAUAUUCGCGAAUUGCGUUGCUCUGGCAGUCUACACUCCGUACCCGUACGGCGAUUCUAAUCUGACCAACCAGUAUUUGGAAAAAAUAGAGUAUAUAUUUCUUGUGAUUUUUACGGUCGAAUGCGUAAUGAAGAUCAUCGCCUACGGUUUCGUGGCUCAUCCAGGGGCUUAUCUCCGGAACGGAUGGAACAUUCUAGAUUUCUCGAUAGUAGUGAUAGGAAUGGUGAGCACCGUGUUGGCGAUGCUCAUGAAAGAAGGCUUCGACGUGAAAGCGUUAAGAGCUUUUCGAGUGUUACGACCCCUCAGGCUGGUCUCCGGAGUGCCAAGUCUUCAAGUGGUCCUAAACUCUAUUUUGAGAGCGAUGAUACCCCUGCUACAUAUCGCUCUGUUGGUCCUGUUCGUCAUCAUUAUUUACGCUAUCAUCGGCCUCGAGCUGUUCUCCGGGAAAAUGCAUAAAACGUGCAGGCACAAUGUCACGGACGCAAUGAUGGAAGGACCAGUUCCGUGCGGACCAGGCGGCUUCCAAUGCGUCAACGUGGGACCCGAGUACUAUUGCAGCAAACAAUUUUGGGAGGGUCCGAACUGGGGUAUCACGAACUUCGACAACUUCGGCUUGGCCAUGUUGACGGUCUUCCAGUGCGUUACGCUCGAGGGCUGGACGGACGUACUCUACAGCAUCGAAGACGCGAUGGGAAGCUCGUGGCAGUGGAUUUAUUUUAUUUCUAUGGUCAUACUCGGAGCUUUCUUCGUGAUGAAUCUGAUUCUCGGUGUGUUGUCCGGAGAGUUCUCGAAAGAGAGGGAGAAAGCUAAGGCGAGGGGCGACUUCCAUAAACUCAGGGAGAAACAACAGAUCGAGGACGACUUGAAGGGCUACCUAGACUGGAUCACUCAGGCCGAGGACAUCGAGCCAGAAACCGACGAGCCGAAAAUGCAGGAUGGGAAAUCGAAGCAGCAGAACGAGAUGGAGAGCACGGAUCAGUUGGAGGGCGAUGAGAAAGGGAUUCAGCAGGAUUCCGUUUGGAGAAGGAAAAAGCGAGACUUCGAUAGGGUGAACAGGAGAAUGAGGAGAGCCUGUAGGAAAGCCGUCAAGUCGCAGGUUUUCUAUUGGCUGAUCAUAGUGCUGGUUUUCUUAAACACCGGGGUUCUGGCUACCGAGCACUACAAUCAGCCGCAUUGGUUGGACGACUUUCAAGAAAUCACGAACAUGUUCUUCAUCGCUCUGUUCUCCAUGGAGAUGAUGCUGAAGAUGUACAGUUUAGGAUUUCAAGGUUACUUCGUCUCGUUGUUCAAUCGUUUCGACUGUUUCGUUGUGAUCGGCUCGAUCACCGAGAUGAUUCUGACGAACACGCAGGUGAUGCCGCCGCUCGGCGUUUCUGUUCUACGUUGCGUCCGGUUGCUCAGGGUAUUCAAAGUGACGAAAUAUUGGAGGUCGCUGUCGAACCUAGUGGCGUCUCUGUUGAAUUCGAUCCAAUCGAUCGCGUCUCUGUUGCUUCUACUCUUCCUCUUCAUCGUGAUAUUUGCCCUCCUCGGCAUGCAGGUGUUCGGCGGAAAGUUCAACUUCAGUGAGAUGCAGGACAAACCCCGCCACAACUUCGACAGCUUCUGGCAGAGCCUGUUGACCGUCUUUCAGAUACUAACCGGCGAGGACUGGAACGCCGUGAUGUACGACGGGAUCAGAGCGUACGGGGGUGUAGCGAGCUUUGGGAUGCUCGCGUGUUUUUACUUCAUCAUUCUCUUUAUAUGCGGUAACUAUAUCCUACUGAACGUCUUCUUGGCUAUCGCUGUCGACAAUCUCGCGGAUGCCGAGUCGUUAACUGCCAUCGAGAAAGAAGCCGAGGAGGAGGCUGAGAAGAACAAAUCCCACAGUGCCUCACCAGCCAGAGACGAAGGCAGCGUGGACCAUGGUGACGAUGGUGAGGGGACUGGUGGCGAAGACGAAGGCGGUGGGACCGAUCUCGAGCACGAUCCCAACGAAACGAUGGAGGACUAUGAAGCAGCUUUGGACACGGAAACGUCGGAGAAAAGCGAGGACAUGAACACUCAUGCGAAAGUAAGACUGAACAUCGAGUCCGACGAAGAGGUCGAGGAGGAGGAGGAGGUCGAGAUCAACGAGAUGCAUGACGACGGUACAGAGCAAGGAGUAUCGGCGAGGCCGCGCAGGAUGUCCGAGUUCAACAUGGCUACCAAGAUGCAACCGAUCCCUCCUGGCUCGGCUUUUUUCAUUUUCUCGCAAACUAACAGGUUUCGAGUGUUCUGCCAUUGGCUUUGUAAUCACAGUUACUUCGGCAACGUGAUACUCGUGUGUAUCAUGAUAUCUUCGGCCAUGUUGGCGGCCGAGGAUCCUUUGAAAGCAUCGUCGUAUAGGAAUCAGAUAUUACUGAAUUUCGACUAUUUUUUCACCACAGUGUUUACAAUCGAGAUCUGGCUGAAGAUGAUCUCCUACGGUUUUAUCAUACACGACGGCGCGUUCUGUCGGUCGGCGUUCAAUCUGCUCGACCUGUUGGUCGUCUGCUCGUCUCUGAUUUCGAUGUCUUUCAGUUCCGGCGCGUUCUCCGUGGUGAAAGUCCUUCGAGUGUUGCGCGUGCUGAGGCCGCUGCGCGCCAUCAAUCGUGCCAAGGGAUUAAAGUACGUAGUGAAGUGUGUGAUUGUCGCCAUUAAAACGAUCGGCAACAUUAUGUUGGUCACCUAUCUCCUACAGUUCAUGUUCGCUGUUAUCGGGGUACAGCUGUUUAAGGGGAAAUUUUUCUCUUGUACCGAUGCAUCGAAAAUGACGAAGGACGAGUGCCAGGGCACGUAUCUCGAGUUCGAGAACGGGAACAUCAACAAGCCGGUGAUGAAGGAGAGGAACUGGAUUCAGAACCGUUUCCAUUUCGACGACGUCGCGAAGGCGAUGCUGACGCUGUUCACCGUCUCGACGUUCGAGGGCUGGCCGUCAUUGCUAGACGUGUCGAUCGACUCUAACAAGGAGGAUCAUGGACCAAUUCAUAAUUUUCGGCCGAUAGUGGCCGCGUACUACAUCAUUUACAUCAUUAUCAUAGCAUUCUUCAUGGUGAACAUCUUCGUUGGUUUCGUUAUUGUCACUUUCCAGAACGAGGGUGAGCAAGAGUACAAAAACUGCGAGCUCGACAAGAAUCAGCGAAACUGCAUCGAGUUCGCGUUAAAGGCGAAACCAGUGCGACGAUACAUACCGAAGCAUCGAAUACAGUACAAAGUCUGGUGGUUCGUCACCUCUCAGCCGUUCGAAUACACCAUUUUCACAUUGAUCAUGAUCAACACCGUGACGCUGGCGAUGAAGUUCUACCGGCAGCCGGAGAUCUAUACAGAAGCGUUGGAUGUGUUGAACAUGAUCUUCACCGCGGUGUUCGCGCUCGAGUUCAUCUUCAAGCUGGCGGCGUUUCGUUUCAAGAACUAUUUCGGCGACGCGUGGAACGUGUUCGACUUCAUCAUCGUCCUCGGGAGCUUCAUCGACAUCGUUUACUCGGAAGUUAACCCCGGCUCGACCAUCAUUUCCAUCAACUUCUUUCGGCUGUUCCGAGUGAUGCGAUUGGUGAAGCUGCUGAGCAGAGGCGAAGGCAUUAGGACGCUUCUCUGGACUUUCAUCAAGUCUUUCCAAGCUCUGCCCUACGUAGCUCUACUCAUUAUAAUGCUAUUUUUUAUUUACGCCGUGAUAGGUAUGCAGGUGUUUGGAAAGAUUGCGAUCGACGACGACACGUCGAUAGAUCGGAAUAAUAACUUCCAGUCCUUCCCGCAAGCCGUACUGGUCCUGUUUCGAUCGGCCACAGGCGAGGCUUGGCAAGAAAUCAUGAUGGACUGUUCAGCGCAACCCGGCAAGGUCAAGUGCGAUCAGAACAGCGACGAAUCUACUAACAUGAAUGGCUGUGGAUCCGACAUCGCGAUCCCCUACUUUAUAUCUUUCUACGUUUUAUGCUCGUUCCUAAUCAUCAAUCUGUUCGUCGCUGUGAUCAUGGACAAUUUCGAUUAUUUGACGAGAGAUUGGUCGAUCCUGGGGCCCCACCAUUUGGACGAGUUUAUUCGUCUUUGGUCCGAGUACGAUCCCGACGCGAAGGGUCGCAUCAAACAUCUAGACGUCGUCACGCUCCUCAGAAAGAUAUCGCCCCCUUUGGGAUUCGGUAAACUUUGUCCGCAUCGUGUCGCGUGCAAAAGGCUGGUGUCAAUGAACAUGCCGCUGAACAGCGACGGCACGGUCUUGUUCAAUGCAACGUUGUUCGCGGUGGUGAGGACAUCGUUGAGGAUCAAGACCGAAGGGAACAUCGACGACGCGAACACCGAGCUCAGGGCAGUGAUCAAGAAGAUUUGGAAGAGAACCAGUCCGAAGCUUCUGGAUCAAGUUGUCCCACCACCGGGAGUUGACGACGAAGUGACUGUCGGCAAGUUCUACGCGACCUUCCUGAUCCAGGACUACUUCCGAAGGUUCAAGAAACGCAAGGAACAGGAGAUGAAGGACGGAGACAAAGAGUGUCACAACACGGUCACCCUUCAGGCUGGUUUGAGAACCUUGCACGAAGCUGGACCCGAGUUGAAGAGAGCCAUUUCUGGAAACUUGGAAGAGCUUCUCGACGAUAAUCCGGAACCUAUGCACAGGAGAAAUCAUAGGAUCUUCGGCAGCGUCUGGUUGAGCGUAAAGAAGGGUCAGCAAAGCUUCAACAGAGCGAGGUCGCUCAAAGUGAACCCUACGAACAAGGCUCCUCCGACGAAUUCUAUAGAAUUCCUGCCGUACUCGUCGCUUCGCCGAAGCGGCGGCGACGCGUCGAACCAGAUCACCGCAAGGUCUCAUCAGGUUGUGCCAAACGUAGCAGGUGGACUGAGCGACAGCGCGAUGAACCGAAUGGGAAUGGACUCGAAACCGACCGGUAUGGAGGAGAACAUUCCUCUAAGACCGUUGGCCAUGUUCGAAAAUCCCGUCCAACAGCAAUCCUACUACCAUCCCCCGUACAAAGUGAUCGAUGGUCCAGGUAGCGGUAACUACCUACAUCCGAAUAGCGAAUAUGUUUCCUGGCCCGGAGAGAGUAACGGAAGCAUCGGCGCAGAGCGCCUCUCCCAUAGCCUGCCUGGCAGCCCCGCGGACCGGAAGCCGAACUUCGAGGUGAUCGGAAGCGCGGAGAGUCUCGUCGGUCGGGUUCUCGUGGAGCAAGGGCUGGGCAAGUAUUGCGACCCGGACUUCGUUCGGUACACGUCGAGGGAAAUGCAGGAGGCGUUGGACAUGACGCCGGAGGAGAUGGACCGUGCGGCGCAUCAGCUGUUGCUGCAGGAGCGACGCGGACAGCCGCUCACGUAUCAGCUGCAGCAGGAGCCUCAAUGGGCGCCGCCGGGUUAUCAGCCGGGUCCACAGCCGACAGGUAUCGCGUACCAGCCGCUGCAGGAGCAGCAACCGACUGGGCCGCGGCAGUAUCAGUACUAUCGUGGUCAACCGUCCGUGGCGCAGCCACCGCCGCCGCAGCAGCAGCAGCAGCAGCAGCAGCAGCAACAACCGCCGCCCUCUUAGCGACACGACGAUCACCCUCCUGUCGAUUCUUUUUCUAGCUCCGACGUGUAGCCGUUCGAUCGCCGUUUCGUGAAGAGGAACGACGCGACGCGACGGUAAAACGCACGGUCGACGCCGAACGCCUCUGAUCGAAGGUCAUCGACACGUUCAACGUCCGUCUCCGCUGGCAUCCUUCGCGUCCACGGGAAAAUCGUAGCGAAGAGGAUGCAACACCGACACCGUCGGGAAGAGAACGGGUUGACGCAAGCAAUAAAGCAACGAGAGCAACGACCGACCGAACGCGUCCGCAAAUUCGUCUUUCGUUGGCCGGGGAAGGGUCGUUUUUUUUUGUAUUCCGUGCCAGCCGAACCAGCGCGUACACCAGCGAGCUAGGGGACCAAGCUUCGAAGAAGUUCUCUCUCAGGACGAAACCGAAUACCUUGAGAACGGUUCCCAAGCUCUAAAUCGGGUACACGCGGGGGGCGUUCCGCAAGUUCCACGUUAUCGCAUCGGUCUCAUCCGAAACGACCGCGUUCCCGCGAUCGAGCUGAGACGGACUCGAAACGACGAACAAAGAAACAAACCGCCCGGGAAACGGGUCGGACCGCCGCGAGUCCCUCCUGCGUUCUCGGUUCUUUAUCGUAAACGACAAAAGCAGAGAAACAAAAGGGGACGGAAACCCGAUCGAGGCAGAAUAAAUGGAAAGAAAAAUACUUAUUCCUCUCCGAGAUUACCGUUAUUAGGGUGUAAGUCGGGAAACUCGUUAAUCGCUCUUCGUACGAUGGAUUCUAGAUGAGAUAACAAGUGCCUAAGUAUCUGUAACUUUUUUCGGACCAGAGAAGAGACUUUUAUCAACUUAGAACCGAAGUACCGUUUACCGCGAAUUACAAAGCAAAAAAAAGUUGCGUGUUGAGUGUGUACGCUACCGAUACUUGUAAACGAUAUUAUAGAUUAUUAUUAUUAUUCGUAUUGUAAAGAUUGGUACCGCAUAAGCCGCGCGAGGAUGAACGGCCGAUAAAAGAACGGACGCAUACGCCGCGAGAAAUUCUCGUUUUGUAUAGCCUAGGUUUUGUGUAUGUCCGCGCGCGAUCCGCCGGAGGCUGAACGACGCGUCUUCCGGCUGCCAGAGAACCGGGCCCGAACGAAUCAACCUCGACAUUCAUCCUUUCAUCGUUUCCGCUUCGAAUCGAUCAAACCGAAACCGUCUGAACCGAUUUUGAUGGGCCCGGGAAUCGCGUGAAUCGCGAUCCAUAUGAUUCAUAUGAUCGCUGGAGAACGAUCCAACGCGACUAUCGAACGAUACAGAUGCGAGCAUAUAUAAAUGAGACGUUCACAGGCCAAAGCAGUUAACUAUUCCACGAAUAUUUUCGAAUGUCACCGCUGAAGCACUUGGUCCUGCAUAUAAUAUCAGCUCAUAAUUUCGAAUCAAUUUAAUUAAAUAUCAAGCUCUCCCGUUUUUCAUUUUCACUGGAGUUAAUCGCUUUGGCAAAUGAACGUCUCAAAUAUACAUACUCCGAGUUGCUCAUGAGAAGAGCCCUGCAAGGAAUCCGGGUCUAAUUGAUCGGCUUUCAUCUUUUCUCAUCUUAUUUUCAAACAGAACUAUAAUUGAGCUCUUCCCCUAAGCAACGCGGGAUACUUAUAGUAUGUAUGUAUUAUAUACACGGAUAUUCCUGCGGUACCACCGAAUUCGGGAUCGAUCGGGGACACUCGUUCGCGUCCCGACCCUUCGUCAUCGCCAGAUUUCACGGACAACCGGACGACGACGCGGACAACACCUUGAACACACACCCCGUAAACGUCUACCGCUCGCUCGCGCGAUAUCGAAACGUUCACCGACUCUCCGAUGAGCUUUUCUACCGAACGCUCUGACGACGACGAUUUUACUCUCACAUCCCCGAGACACGUCCCGGAGAUCCCACUUUUAGACCCGAUUUUUACAAAUUGCGCCCACCCCAUCCCCUAACGAAAUUUCGACUCGUAUAUAUAUAUAUACGUAUUCUUGUAGGCUGCAAGAGACCGCGCACGAGUAUGAGAGCGGGAGAGAAAGAGGGUUGGAGCGUGUGUUUUUGGAGGAUCGUUUUGAAUGGAACGUUUUGGAUGGGAAUGCAAGAGAGUACACUACCAGUCACCCGAAGCUUUUCCUAAUGUGUUACUUGAGACCAAGAGUCUAGUUGAUCAGGAGUGACAGUGAAGCACGGAGUUGCGGUAAUACUUGAUUAGAGCAGUGAUGAGAGUGAAGCGUAUAUGUACAUGCUUUUGUUUUGUAAUGGAAGUGUUUGAGGCGACGCGUAGAGCCACGUUUGGUAGUUUAAUUUGAACAUUUAUUAUGAUUAUAAAAUAAGGUUUAGAAGAAAUACGUAAAUGAGCUGGAUUUUAUUUGUGUGGAUUUUCUUUUGUUUCCGGAUUUCUUUCUAAAGAUUCGGUUUUAGAGGGAUUAUCUAAUUUUCAAGUUUUAUACGUUUUUAUCGGAAAUCAUUGAACCUAGUAAUUAUCACAGUUAUUUUAAGAAACUAUUUUCCAAUUCUUGAAUAUGUUGAUAUUGUUCUUCAAAAUGAUUUUAUCACUGCUCUGGUCGACGUUCUCUCAGCUUCUGUUGCCGCUUCGCUAUAGCCGGAUAUAAUUGGUACGGUAAAAUACAAAUUCGCGAGUAGAUCGCGGAUGUUCGUCCAGAAUUUUCGUGGGAUGUUUGAUGGAAAGCAGAAUAAAGGAAAAAUUUAUGUUGCGUGUUAAAUGAAACCUUAUGAGUUGAUCAUUUUGUAUCUUACGAGUUUCGUAUUUAUAUUAUUAAUAAGAUUUGUAUUUUAUCGUGUUCAAUUGAGUCACAUGCGUUUCCGCAACGGUUACGAAGACGUCGGAUCAAAUCGGAGAACGAAUCGCGAACGAAACGAAACGAAACUCGAAGCCAUCCGACGCGCGUGGUUCUGCUGAUGCUCCACCGACAAUGAUUGGCAGAGUAGUUACUUUGAUUCUUGAAAUGCCGAGAACUCGUAGAGUUUCAAAAUACCGUUACCACUAUAUAUUACUCGAUUUUUCUGCUUGCAAAAGUCCUCGAGCAAAACGAACCUCGCCAUCAGGGGUUGAAUUGUUUCCGAAAAUAACUGUUGCAAAUUGUUACACAUCGGUUCUAACUGAAAUAAUCAUUAGAAUCGAAAAAUAACGCGUAUCUGUUACAGAUAUUUUAUGAGUUCUGUCAUAACUAAUUUAGAAACCGAAACCGAUAUAACUGUUUUCAAUUCCUGCGAGUCGUUCGAUUCCUGUUCUCUUGGAAAACGUUGUCGGCAAUAACUCUUAUCGAUGACAUUUUCAGAACCACGUGCCCUAGAGCUCCGCUCGUCGCGUUUUUUUAUCGCCGAACACAUACCGCUUUCGACUCGUCGCAGACGCGUCAGUCAUUUCCAGCGCGUCGCCGUGUUUCGCUGGUUUUUCUUUUCCUUAGCCUCUUGUCGAAUCUGAUACUGAUUUCGGCUCGAUAUGAUACCGAUUUUGAUACCGAUUUACCAAGUUCAAUUCGAACAAAGCUAAGUUCGAUGAGACCUUUUCGAAUUCCGGGUCGCUUGAUUUCCGCGCGCAAAGUCGCUUUAACCUCUUUGUGUACGCCGCCGCUUGAACAUGGUUCCGAUUUUACAAAUUUCGCAGGGAAAGGUAGAAAGAUCUAAGAAAUUAAAUUUAAUUGAAAUUCAAAUAAAAAUUCAAUUCGAAGCACGUCUAUUUUUAACUCAUUUUGAAAAAGAGUGGUUUUACUGAUACUCAGCAGUAUCAUUAUUUUGAACUAUACUCGAAGAGGAAGAAAAAAGUAUUCGUAUAACAUCGUUUAUUGUUCCCACUUGACGAUGAAAUGUUCCUUUUAUUUCUUAUCACAUAGUACUUAUCACAUAGUACUUAUACAUAGUAAUUGGACAUAAUCUUACAAGCUGCAAUUUAUCUUACACACGCAAAUCUUACAAAUAAUUUAUAUAAAUAGUUCAUAUAAUAUGACGUCGCGUAUGGAUGUAGUCAAAAGCUGUUCCGAAGUACAAUCAAACACCCUUUGAAAACAUAAUCAACGUUACACUCGGAACGUAUCAGAAGCUUUACGAACACAAAACCAUUAACGACGUUCGAAUACUUUGUUCCUCUCGUCGUACCGGACGUUGUACCAGAAUCUUCGAGCGGUGGUGUAACUUCCCUGUAAGGUAUAUAAACAAUAAGCUCGGGCAGCUGUAGCUGCGCAAACCCUUCGUCAACAACGGAACCAAAGAAACAACCGACAAUUAUUCGAAAACGAGCCGAAGCGAACAAAAUUUGAACGUUCUUUUAGGUGAUACGAUAAAAUGAUAGAAAGCCGUAUGCGUAUGAGGAGCCGACACGAUCGAACCGAGUAUCGUCGCGCGCGACUCGGUUAAAUUCGAUGGACGAAACGAAAAGGAAAGGUAGGAGCCCAAAAUGACAUUCAAAGAGAAAGAGAGAGAGAGAGAGAGAGAGAAAGAGAGAACGCCUGUCUGUAUGUAUGUAUGCGCAUAAGUACUGCCAGGUUAUCACUUGAUGACUAAGCUGAAGAUGGCGGGGCUGAUUGACCGGUUUUCAUCCUUUCUCACUCGAUUUUCUGUUAGCUUUACAUUCAAAUUCCUGAUAUUUCCGAUCAUUAAUUUGCUAUUAAUCAAUACGGUUACACGUAACCAAUCGAAACUAUGACACAAUAAACUAAAAAGACACCUUUUGCCCCAUACCGUUCUGCUAGACGUCAAGUCAUCUCCCAACUGUACCUGCGUAAGAGACGAAGAUAGAAUGAUCUUCACGCUUCAGGACGAGUCGCGGUCAGAUACCUUGAAAUAAUCGUCCUGGGAAUAAUGCUACUUGUAUACAUUGUACUCGACACCUUUCGUAUUCCGUUUUUAUUCCAGCGUCUUUCUAACGGUCACGUGCGUUUGUCUAUAGCGGUCUUUUUAUACUGUUGUAAAGUGGCGUUUACACCGAAACUGUAGGAUUAUUAUGCGUAGAUGAGAACUUCUAUAUACCUUUAAAUCGUAAAUUAAACGUCGAACUGUAGAACGAUGACAGUCGUCGUCGUCGCCGUCGUCGUCGUCGUCAUCGUCGUCGUCAUCAUCGUUGUCGUCGUCGUCGUCCUCGUCGCGUUAUUAGCGUUUCGAAAGAAAGAGAGAGAGAGAGAGAGGGAGAGAAAGAAUGGAGUGAAAGAGGGAGCGAAAGUGAGAGACCAAAAUUUUCUAUGCUAUUUGAGACUGACGAAAUGCGCUUGACUAAGAACCAACCGACUCGGACAGUGCUAGAGGACUCAUGAGGACGAAAACGAUCGUUCCGGUGCAUUAAAUGGUUAGAAGGAUUCGAAUGUAUGCAAGGGUUGUGUCCAUUUAAGAAUAUAAUUAUCGUAAGUCGCUGUCAGUAAAAUCUCUCGCAAAUGAAUACUGUUUUGGAAGUGACUGUCAGUCACUUUCACUACCAAUGUCACAUAUUUGUAACGGUCACUAUCCUAUAGAUACUGUCAUUUAAAGUUAUAAUGCACGGCAUUAUAAUUUAGGAGCUCAAUGACUCUUCCUAGGUUUCAUUUUUCAAUAUUUUAUUUAGUAUAUUUGUUGAUUGUAAUAGAGUAUUGCAACUCUGUAAUAUUCUGCAGAAUAACUUGCGAUAGCUUCACUCUCAAAUGGACACCUAGUUUAAGCAAAGAAACAUGAGAAAUGGCAAUUGAAUUAAAUCGCGUUCGAGAAUCGCAUAUUCGAGCGUUUGCGAAUUCACCGCUUUCGCAGAUCUGCCCGGUAACCCUUGCGACCUCUUGAAACAGCCUAGGGUCACACACAUGCUACUCUUUUAUUUUCGUUAAGUCGUGUUCCCCGUGUUAGGACAAUGUUAACACGACCGACAUUUUUCUCUCUUUCUUUUUUCUUCGAGGAAACGCGAGAACGUUCCGCGGACCAGCUUUUUCUCUCUUCAUGUUCGUUUCGAUGGCAACACACGAUCGAAACCUAAACCACUAUCAGCUAGAACCGAUGCGUCCAUAACAACUAUGGAUAUUCUCUCGAUUUACAUGAGUGUUUCAGUCAGAACCGAUACAUAAUACUUAGAAACGGCUACUUUCGGAGCCGAUUCAUUCCCUGAACCGUCAAUGGCUGUGCGGAUAACACGGUGAACACACGUUUGACGAAUAAAUGCAACUUCGAUCGAACACUUCGUCAUUCGACUUCAACGCUAAGUUUACGGAACGCGCCAGUUGGACGCACAUUGGAUUCCACAAACAUUGUUUAUGGUAAACGUUUAUGUCGAUUUUGAUCGACGCAAUUACACGAAUAUGUAUCCCAGCUAUCUAUUCUUAAACCUCUAACGUUCAAGAUCUAACUGAACAAACGGUACAAUGAAUCUCCGUAAACCUAGUGUUAAUCCCACGCUUAUAUCUUCGACAAUUCGAAUGAUCAUUUUCGGUAUUCUCUUUCUUUCGACUCGCGCGACCGCGUUAUCCGUGACAUCUUCGGUUGACGAUACGCUUUUGUCCGGUGGUUCGUCAAAGGAACGUCGCUUAUUCGUCAGACGGACGUAACGAAACCAAAGUCUUUCGGUGACUCGCCCUCGAGAAACGUUUGUAGAGAUGUUUGGAACAUUGAGUUCAAACGAGAACGCUUUCGUUCGAUCGAGGCCAGGACGGUGCGCGCGUGUCCCGACGGAAAAGAGGGAACGAGUGAAACCGUAUCGCGCGAUCGCGACUCUCGUCAGACUGUCAGGAAUUGUACAGAGGUAAGGUGAUAUCCCGAUGCACAAAACCAACAGACACGCACACGACAUAUAUACUGCCGGUUUUCUGUUCGAUUAUAUCCCACUUUCCCGUUGCUUCUCGCGCCCGAGUCGCGGACACUCCUCGUUCAACGUUUCGCGGCCCAUUUUCCUCUUUCUGUGUACGUAACAGUUUCUACGACCUUCCUGUCAUAUAAACAAGGUAGACCGACGUGAAUCGGAUCACAGGUUAAAUCGAAUCGAAAUAAGAAUCCACAUUGUCAUAUUAAAAACUAUGUUUCUCAUCUUUCGUUCCCUAUUUGUUAAAGAAAGAUUGAAAAAUUCUUUCCAAUUUUUUUACUGUUAAUCUUUCGAUAUCCGCCUUUCUUUACUGUCAAGCGGAAGACGAUCCGAUUUAUCUCGGUCUACCUUAUCGAUACAAUAUAAGAUCAAAUAUGAUAACGUAACGACGAAAUUGUCGACGGACCGUGAAACGUUGACUCGUUCCACGACGAUACGCGGCGAAAGGGAUUUUUAAGAAAACGAGAAACAAAAGCGAAACUCCGCUGGCGUCCGAUAUGCGCGACAACAUGGAUCUUCGAAUCCGAACUGGUACGAUUUGAAAGAACGUUGCGCCGGAGUGAUUGUACAAGAAUCUGGGAGCGUGACUCGAAUUGUUUCUUUCUUUUUCUUUCGCGCGCUGCUUGUUCGACGAUAAAAUUGUUCGAAUGGGUGCAACCGAACGAUCGCGGGACACAGACCGAUCCUGUGCCCGUGUUUCUUUCAACGGAAUUGAGGAACAAAGACAACCGCGCGAGUCUUGAUUCCGAGAUUGACUCGCGGUCGAUAGGCUUUAAGCUUGUAUAAGAUCGUUAUAUAUUUUAGCCGUAUCAUUUCUUUUUCAUCUCUCGUGAUUUCGAGGGUCGAUCUCGAUCGACGGACUCCCGCGCCGAGUAUCCACGUAAUAUUCGCUUCGUUUGAUCGACACCGCUUCUGUCUUUUCUUUCUUUUCUCUCUCUUCGCGCGACAAACUCUCCGUUUCCGAGAGUGCCGAGAAUUGACGCGAGCCACGCGACGCUUCGGCGAAGCCAGAAGAUCGUUUAUACAGCGCGGGGAAAGGAGCGUUCGAAACGUUUCGCGCGACAUGCACGGUGCAUGCGGUUCCGGGACAGCGGGAACGACGAAUGGAACUGCAUGGACACGGUAUUUCGCUGAAAUAGUAUGAAAGAAGAAAAAAUGAAAAAAAAAGAAACAAGGGAAAAAACUAACAGAAAAAAUUGUUGUUGUUAAUGUUGUCAGAAAAUGUGUCAAAUUAAAAUAUAAGGAUUUCAAACAUCUGACACCUAGUGACCCUGGCGUUUUACUCUGCCGCGGUCUGGCCUGCUGCGUGUUGCGAGAGAGUGUGCAUGUGGGGAUCGAGUAACCGCUCGUCGCCCUCUUCGAAACAUCACUCGUCUUUAUUUUACACAGUAAUAUUCAUGCGCGCGCUAUGUCCGCGUCUGCGUUUGCUCCG